AAAACCAUCCUGGUAAUCCCUUUUCUUUCCUCAGACACCUGCAUGUUUGGUUAGCAGGACAGAGGGAUUACACACUUACAAAACAAUACAAGGACUUUAACAGCAACAGCAGCUAUGGUGGAUGCAGCAGCAGCAGAGCAGUUCCUGGAUGCCAACCCGCAGUUCGCUAAGCAGUACUACGACAUCCACUUCCGGCCUAAGGUCAUCUCAGACCUGCUGGACAACAACCGGAAGACAAAGAUGGACAUCGACAAGUUCCACGACCUGACCAUGGUGGAGGAGAGCGAGGUCCUUUUCGAUCUGAUGCGGGACAUCCAGGACAACCUGCAAAUGGAGAAGUCUGUCUUUAACCUCAUGAGACACCUCAGCUUCAUUAUGAGGGCCGAACGCAUGAGCCUCUUCAUGUACCGGCAGAGGAAUGGAGUGGCCGAGCUGGCAACCAGGUUAUUUAAUGUCAGUAAAGACUCCAUGUUUGAUGACUGCCUGGUACAGCCUGACAGUGAGAUUGUCUACCCGUUGGAUAUGGGCAUCGUGGGCCACGUGGCGUCCACCAAGAAGAUGGUCAACAUUGCUGAUGUGUCUGAGAGCACUCAUUACAGUGACUUUGUGGACGAGCUGACGCGUAAGACAAAGAGCAUCCUCGCCAUCCCCAUCAUGAACGGUAAAGACAUGGUGGCCGUCAUGAUGGCCCUCAACAAUUUAGAUGGGCCGUGCUUCACUGCAAAGGAUGAAGAGACCUUAAACAAGUAUCUCAACUUUGCCAACCUGAUCCUGAGAGUUUUCCACCUGAGCUACCUGCACAACUGCGGACCAGGAGGGACAGGUGAGACUGCAGAGCAUGUAGUGCUGCUGUGGUCGGCCAGCAAGGUGUUUGAAGAGCUGACGGACAUAGAGAGGCAAUUCCACAAGGCCCUGUACACAGUCAGAGCUUUCCUCAACUGUGACCGUUACUCUGUGGGUCUGCUGGACAUGACCAAGACCAAGGAGUUCUUUGACCUGUGGCCAGUUCAGAUGGGAGAAGUUCCACCGUAUAAUGGACCCAAAACUCCUGAUGGCAGGGAAAUUAUCUUCUACAAACUGAUUGACUACGUCCUGCAUGGCAAAGAGGACAUCAAAGUCAUACCGAAUCCUCCCGCAGAUCACUGGUCUGUUAGCGUCCUACCUACCUACGUGUGCAGAGACGGGACUGAUCUCCAACGGAAGCUGGGGUGGUCAGUCGAGCAGAACGCCAUUAGGGCUUAUUACACAGUUGUCAGUGUGCACACUGUUGUGGAAAUGAAAAGUUCAGCCACACGCUGCAUGAG